GCUUGCUACUUUUUCAGAAAUCAUUAACUUCCCCUAUAUAUACCCCUUGCUUCAUUCCAAAAUCACUUGUAAAAAAGUAGCAGAUCUUUUCACAUUUGAAAUUUGGAGUCCUUUUCUCUUUCCUUCCUCACUUUGAACAAUGGCUUCCUCGCACUUUCUUCAGCUUCAUGGUUCCGAUGUUUCCGACAGCCUCGAUCGACUGAGUGAGUUGCCCGAUUCCUUAAUCCUUUCGAUUCUUUCGUUGUUGUCAUCGACGAGAGAUGUUGUUAGGACAACCGUUCUCUCCAAACGCUGGAAAGAUCUGUGGACCACCGUCCCCUACCUUGAGCUCGAUGACGAAAAUCCAGAGUUUAUUUGUGGGGUUGUUUCACAAUGGAGAGGUGCCAAGAUUCAGAGAUUCUACCUUUGUUUGUCGCCUCCUCCUACUAGUACCGAUCUUGAUUCGUGGCUGCUUUUUGCGGUGGAGAAACAAUUGGGAGAGCUACAUCUAUAUGCCGAUAUCCCAUACUGCCCACCUCAGAGUUUGUAUUCAUGCUCCUCCAUUACAACACUCCACCUUCAUGAUUGUUCCUUGGAAAUCGAGGGGAGUGUGCAGUUGAAUCAACUCGUGACUUUAUCAGUUCAUCACAUUCGAAAUUCCUCGUGGGUUGAAGCCAUAAACAAACUUCUCUUGGGUGCCCCUCGCUUGGAAAAUAUGAGUUUGAGUGUGCCUGAAAUUAAUGGAAACUUCAACAUCGUAUCUCUCAGUUUGAAGACGCUCAUAAUCGAAGAGGCUGAAAUAAAGGGAGUGCUCGCGAUUUCGGCUCCUAAUCUCUUGACUUUACGAAUUCACGCCUCCAUUUUUAAUGGUGCUAGGUUUUUGUGCCAUGUCCCAUCUUUGACUGAAGCUUGUUUUGUAGCAUGGGGAUUGGGUUCUUCUGCUGUGUAUGAUCCGCCCCUUGAAACGUUUUAUCAACUUUUGAGAAGUAUCUGCCAUGUUAAGAAGGUCGAUUCAUCAUUGUUGAACAUUAAGUUGCUUCUCUCCCUGAAGAAGAAGAAGAAAGAUAUGGUUGUUCGGUUUCCAAAUGCUGAGGUUCUAAAACACACAAGCAUGGGCCGCCAAUACAAUGUUCUUCUUGAUCUCGUUGAUGUUCUUGAUCUUCUUGAGUUGUUUCCAGAGCUGAAGAUGUUAAGUUUUCAUCAAAUACACCAGGAAUAUUUUAAUUCCAUCGCUGAGACGACAUUCCCCAAUUGCUCACUGCUCCAUCUAGAGAGAGUUGAUAUGACUUGGUCUGCACACGACCCCUCAAUAAUUCCAUUUAUACAGAUUCUCCUGCAAAUUUCUCCCUCGCUCGAGAAGAUGGUGUUUCGUCUUAGAAAGUGUAGAGAUAACCUUGAGGAGGUGUUGAUGGUCGAAGAGAAGGUGCGAAGCAUGCCAAGAUCCUCCCCAACUGCUGAGGUUAUUAUAAUCGAUUGUUGAUCAAUAAAUUAAAGCGAGGUUAUUAGG